AUGAAAAAUGAAUUUAAAUAACAAGAGAAAGACUUGUAUGGAGAAGAUAAACCAGAUAUGCUUUUACUUUUAAAUGAAAAGUAAAAUUUGCAGAAUACCCUAAGGAUCUUAACAGAAGAAGUAGAAUUUUUAUCUAAGAAAAAUGAAAAAUUCUUGAAAGAGCUAAAAUAAAAAGACUUUUAUGAUGCGUACAAGAAUCAAAGUGAGGAACUCAUGAAGCUAAGAGAAGCUCAUGCACUACUCAUUAAGAUGAUAUAAAGCAAGGAUUUAUCUAUAGAUCCAAGAAGCAAAUCAAUAAGAGAUGUGCAAUCUUAAUCAAUAGGCAGUUUGAUAUCUGGGCAGGAGAACAAGGGCAGAAAUUUUAUGAAUUAGCUAGAUAAGGGAACUUUGCCAUUUAGAAAAAUGCUGACCUGCUAGACCAGUUAGAAAAAUAAGACCUUUAAUGCUGGUAAAUUAGGUCAUGAGGAAUCAGAUGAAGAGCCAUAUGAAGCACUUCAGAGUGUUCAAAUUUAAGAUAUAGACUAGUAUCUUGAUGCUGUGUUCAAGAACUUCGUUCAACCAGGCAGAGUAGCUUACGUAAACUUCGGAAAAGACUUAGGCAAAGUUGUUGUUAUUGUUGACAUUGCCGAUUCUACCAGAGUCCUCGUCGAAAACCCACAAACCGGAUUCCCCCGCGUUCUCUACCCACUCAGAAGACUCACCCUCACCGGACUCAGAGUUCCAGGAGUUCUCAAGGGAGCCAGAACUGGCACUGUCAAAACCGCUGCUGAGAAAUACUAGCUAAGUGAGAAAUGGGCUGCAACUGCAUAAUCAAAGAAAUUCACAGUUAGAGCUAAGAGAGCCAGCUUGAACGACCUCGACAGAUUCAAGGUUAUGAUCAACAGAAAGAACAGAUCAUUCAAACUCAGACACCUCGCCAAGAAAAUCUCUGGUGGUUCCAAGGCUGCCGCCAAGGGCAAGGGCAAAGGCAAGAAGUGA